UAUGAAUUAAAAAUUUACAAAAGAGUAAUAGUUAUUAGUUGAUGAAAUCAUUAACAAAGGUUAUAAUCAAGAUGAUUUUGAAGACUUUGUUUUACUUAAAGAACCCAAUAGAGGUUCAUAUCAUUUUUAUUCUUUAGGUUAAGAUUUAACUUAAUGGACCUAUAAAGAAUUAUUAAGAAUCAUUCAAUUGUAUCAAUAAGAAAGUAUAAAAAUAUAAUUAUUAUAUAGAAAAAGAAAAAUAAUCAGAUUCAUAUUAAUUAAUUGAACUUGAUUCUCCAGACAUUUCUGAUCAAAUUUAAAUUAUUGAUAGAGAUACUUUUGUCAAAAAAUAAACCUAAGAAUCAAUAAAAAUUGUAUAUUAUUUUUAUAACAACCUAUCAUUAGACUGA